CUCAUCUACACAUCCAACAACACCUGCCGUCAACCAUGAACCGUCCACAAGCGUUUAAAAAGAAGAUUCUUGAAGUUUAUCAAGCUGAAAUGGGGCAGCCACUUGAUCACUCCGAGAGCAAAGACAACAACAAUGCUCUGUUCAAUGAAAAGCAAAAUAAUGAGCCACUUGAAAGAGUGACUGGUGAAAACAAACUUUUCCGCCCCUGGCUUGAUACAUCUCCAGUACAUCACCAGCAGAAACAACUUUUUGUCUCAGAUCAUCAUCAUCAACGGCAGCAACAGCAACCGUUGCUACGGCCUUAUGAAAUCGGUCAGCCUCUUCUUUCAGAUCAUCAUCAUCAACGGCAGCAACAGCAACCGUUGCUACGGCCUUAUGAAAUCGGUCAGCCUCUUCUUUCAGCAAACCAAGCUGUUCAGCAGUACUACCAGUUGCCAAUUGCCGCAAGCAAUGCUGCCAGCGUUUUUGCCUCAGUUCCGAAUAACACUGCCGACUGGAAUUACAAACAGUUGCGACAGCAGCAGCCUUUUGAAAUAGGCCAUUUUCUCAUGCCAGAUCAACAUCAUCCUCAACAACAUCAGCAGCUUUUUGAAAACUGCCAGCCUCUCGUCUCAGCAAAUCCAAUUGCUCAGCAGUACUACCAGUUGCCAAUCGCCGCAAGCAAUGCUGCCAGCGCUUUUGUUUCAGUUCCGAAUAACACUGCCGACUGGAAUUACAAACACUUACAGAACCAGCAGCCUUUUGAAAUAGGCCAUUUUCUCAUGCCAGAACAUCAUCAUCAACAGCAUCAGCAGCAACCUUCUAAUAUAAAUCAGCUUCUCAUUUCAG